CUAUAGAAAGCGACUUUUAGACUCAAGUUAUGAUUUGAAAAUAAAUGAGACACCGCAAUUAUGGAGUUUGCACAGCUCAUUGAAAACUGAUUUUCAAACGUCAUGUGAAAAUAUUUCAUUUGUAACUUGAUCAAAUACUUCAAUAAAUUGCGUUAAUGUCGUCUUCCUAUUCCCCAGUUUCAUGUUUCUUACUGUAUAAAUUUGUAUCUUGAGCGGAACCUUAUAAGUUAAUGUACAAUUCUGUUUUAAAAAAACAUUUUUUUCUCCAUUCUUCAGAAAUGAAUCUGUCUGUAUCCCUAAUAGAUUUGGCAGAAACAGAUUCAAGAGCAUCAGAUUCUCCAAGCCUAGGUGGUCCAGGAACUCCAGGAGGUCCAGGUACUCCUACUCCUGCAUCCUCUCCAUUCUGCUGGCCUGACUCCAGGUAUGGAAACUCCCCAGAUCUCCAUACAGCACUCAACAACAUUCCAAAAUCAUUUACAAAUCAGUUAAACCAAUUUGCCCAGUACUCUAACAUUCCUCAGCAGUACUCGGGGCUCAUCAACUUCCCAGCUCUUACAAGCUUUCAGACGAAGGAAAAAUUUAACUACCAGAGAGAACGUGAUCCAAAACCAUACGAGAAACCUCUAACUUUGGAGUCCAGUUACAACCUUUACUCUACGAAUACAGUUUCUCAACAACAGCAGUCCAACUAUAAUACUUCAACGUUUACCAACAAUCUGCAGCAGUCUUCAAAAUACAGCCAGCUAUUGGUAGUCAUUGAGGAACUGGGGAAGGACAUAAGGCCUUCCUAUGCAGGCAGUAAGUCCAGUGCAGAGCGGUUGAAAAGAAGUAUUGUUCACGCGAGGAUUUUGGUGCGCGAGGCUCUCAUGGAGACAGAGCGGUCUGGCCGCCAGUAAUAUGAUUGAACGGUCUGGCCGCCAGUAAUAUGAUUUAACGGUCUGCCCGCCAGUAAUAUGAUUGAACGGUCUGCCCACCAGUAAUAUGAUUGAACGGUCUGCCCGCCAGUAAUCAAACAGAGCGGUCUGCCCGCCAGUAAUCUGGCCGUAAGGUCUACCCGCCAGCAAUCUGGCAGAACGGUCUACCCGCCAGAAAUCUGUCAAAAUGGACUCCCCGCUGUUCAAUUUGAUAUGAUCUUAUUGAAAAGUUAAAUUUGUAAUGAUCCUCUGUAUCUGUUAAAUAGGAUAUGUUGAAUCAACAUUGCUGAUUAAUCAUUUAUGACAACCUUACAUCUUACAUGGUUUAAUGUCUGAUGAUCAUGUGCAGCUGUGCAGAGUGAUAUGAUCCUGCUUCAUGGUUAAAUAUGUAAUGAUCAAUGUCCGGGUUAAAUUUGUUAUGGUAAUGUGUAAACGUCGUAAUAAAUGUGUAGAUAUGAUA